GAACAAAUUGCUGAUGCUUCGUUAACUCAGUUCAGACUUGUUAGGUAACGAGAGAGUGACCAAUUUCCGGCGCUGCACCGCAACAACAAUGGAAGACGAAGUUGAGCUUCCCACCAACCCCAACUCUCUAAGCAACCACACCAACCCUUCCAACGAAGACACCGACGAUGACCCACCAACACUUAGCUCCCAAGCCAUGGCUGCUCUAAGAGAGUUCUUAGCUGAGCAAAGCCAGUCUGUCGCCGAACCCACCAACGAGAACGAUGGUCAGGGUGGUUCUUCAGUGGCUCUAGUCUCCGAGGACUGGAGGCUCAGCCAGUUCUGGUACGAGCCUGACACUGCCGAGACCCUGGCUCGAGAGGUUCUCACUCUCUGCCAAUUGGGUUCGUCUGACUCGGACUUGGGAUCGCCUCGAAUCGCUUGUAUUGCUUGCCCCACGCUCUAUGCUUAUCUCAAAAAUAUUGAUUCGAAUUUGAGAGUGCAACUUCUUGAAUUCGACAAGCGUUUUGAGCAAUAUGGUAGUGAUUUUACGUUCUAUGAUUAUAACCAACCUGAAGAAUUGCCAUUGGAGCUUAAGCAUGCUUUUCAUGUGGUUGUUGCAGACCCUCCUUACCUGAGCAAGGAGUGCCUGGAGAAAGUUGCUGAUAGUAUAUCUUUUCUUGCAAGAAGUAAGGAGUCUCAUUUGCUUCUACUUACAGGAGAGGUGCAAAAAGAUAGAGCAGCUGAGCUGAUGUGCUUGCAGCCUUGUGGUUUCAAGCCUCGACACUCCAGCAAACUUGGAAAUGAGUUUCGGGUGUUCACAAACUAUGAUCCUGGGACACGAUUAGGGGGAUGGGAGAAAUAGAAGUGGCUGACAUUGCCUUAUUCAUUGGUGGGACAAAGAGACAAUUCUUACUUUUGCAGGAAAAUCAUUCAGUUCUAGAAAGAUGACAAUUUCAUCUUAAUUCCAAGCUUUGUCAAUGCAGUAUCAAUGGCUUUGGAGACGGUUAAUGGGGUGAUCAUCUCUUUGUUCUUGUAACUUUGCAUAUUUCACUUGUUUUGGAGGAAGAAAGAAAAUUGAAGCGAAACUUAAGUUACCCUCACCCUAUCUGGAUAAUGGCUUACUUGUGUUCACCUCUCUACUAUUCCUAAGAUUCUUCAAGUUGGUGUUCUUACUGCAUUUUAUAAUUUAUUACAAAUAUGAAUCAUUGGUUUAGGUA